GAAACCACUAAAAUCAUGCGAGUUCCUCAUGCUUUGUCAGUGUCCGACUGCAUCGCAGCGUGUUGUGACCUCUCUGGUUGUGACUUGUCUUGGAUGUUCGAACGGCGCUGUUACAUCGUGAGCUGCCAACACAAGGACAAUUGUGAACCUAAAAAAAUUGAAACUGUGAAGUCCUAUCUUACCUUUGUGCUGAGGCCUUCUCAGAGGCCAGCCUCACUGCUAGGGUUUGGGCAAGUGAUCCCAAGCAUGGUCCACUCUGUGGGACUCCAGAAUGAGCCGUCAGAGGAAGUGAGUAGCCUGAAGAAGCUGUCUCUGCUUGGAAAAGAUCCCAGCCUUGAGGAGAUACCUGAGUACAUUGAUGAUUAUAAAGAGUUGGAGCAGGACCCCUUUCAGGUGGGCAUCAAACACGAGCAGAAGGACAGUAUGGAUUAUGCUGACUGGGGCCUCAUGGUGGCAGGUGAAAAUGGCUUCAACACUUCCACGGGUGAUGAUGGAGAUAACCAGGAAGAUUUUGCUGAAAAGAAAGGGGAGGCUGGGAAGGUAGAGAGUCUUCUGAAUACAAAUAACUCUGAACUGACUUCCAUCAAUGAACACUCCACGGACAGGUCCCUUCUGGAGAUUACACCACCCUCUGGGAAGACAUUUGAAAGGGAAGCAGCUGUUCCACUUCUUGCACAACCUGAGGAUGCUUUGCAAAAAGAGGCUGCUACACCUUCCUCUUCUUCAGAUAAAGAAGAUUUCUUCCCAGGCAUAUCAGAGAAAACCCAGACUCCCACAGUAGCCCCAGAGAAUGCCACUGAAGGUGGGAUCAUGCUACUUCCCACUAAUACCGCACCAUCUGAGCCCAUGCAGCAGUUCACACCACCUGCUACUGCUGCUAAAGCAGACACCAUUAAAGAACUUACUGUGUCUGCUGGAAAUAACAUACAAGUGAUGUUACCCAAAAACGAGGUUGAACUGAAUGCCUUUGCUGUCCCACCACCAUCUACAGAAACAGCCUACACCUAUGAGUGGAGCUUAAUCAGUCACCCUGCUGACUAUAGUGGGGAAAUGGAGCACAGGCACAGCCAGACUUUGAAGCUCUCUCAUUUGUCAGUGGGACUUUAUGCCUUCAAAGUGACGGUUUCUGGUGAAAAUGCCUUUGGUGAAGGUUUUGUAAAUGUCACGGUCAAACCAGCAGUCAGAAUUAACCAGCCACCUGUUGCUGUUGCUUCACCCAAAGUGCAAGAAGUUUCCUUACCUACAACUUCUACCUUCAUUGAUGGCAGUCAAAGUAUAGAUGAUGUGAAGAUAGUGAGCUACCACUGGGAGGAAAUUAAAGGUCCCCUGCGAGAGCAGAAGGCAUCUGCUGACACACCUGUCUUGCACUUGUCUAACCUUGUUCCUGGAAACUACACCUUCAGACUUACCGUGAUUGAUUCAGAUGGAGCAGCCAACUCCACCAUUGCAUUUCUGACUGUCAACAAGCCAGUGGAUUACCCACCUAUUGCUAAUGCAGGACCGAAUCAGGCAGUCACUUUGCCCCAGAACUUCAUCACACUGAAUGGAAACCAGAGCAGUGAUGACCAUGAAAUUGUCAGCUAUGAGUGGUCGCUCAGUCCCAAAAGCAAAGGCAAGGUUGUAGCAAUGCAGGGAGUGCGGACGCCAUACCUGCAGCUCUCUGCAAUGCAGGAAGGAGAUUACACAUUCCAGCUGACUGUGACAGACUCUGCACGGCAGCGCUCCACAGCCGAGGUCACACUGAUUGUGCAGCCUGAAAAUAACAGUCCUCCAGUAGCAGUGGCUGGCCCUGACAAAGAAUUGACCUUCCCAGUAGAAAGUACUACACUGGAUGGAAGCAAAAGCCGAGAUGACCAAGGCAUUGUCUUCUAUCACUGGGAAAAUAUCAGUGGGCCAAGCUCUGUACAGAUGGAAAACGAUGACAAGGCAAUAGCAACUGUGACUGGUCUCCAGGUUGGUACCUAUCACUUCAGGCUGACUGUCAAAGACCAGCAGGGCUUGAGCAGUGCAUCUGUGCUCUCCAUUACUGUGAAGGAAGAAAACAACAGUCCACCCCGGGCACAUGCUGGUGGGAAGCAUGUUCUAGUGCUUCCAAACAACUCUGUUACCUUGGAUGGCUCAGGGUCUGCUGAUGACCAGGGGAUUGUGUCAUAUUUGUGGAUUCGGGAUGGUCAAAGCCCAGCAGCUGGAGAUGUGAUCCACGGCUCAGACCACGAGGCAGUACUGCAGCUAACUAACCUUGUGGAAGGAACCUAUAUUUUCCACUUGAAAGUGACAGAUGCUAAGGGAGACUCAGAUGUUGAUUCAGCAACUGUUGAAGUGCGGCCUGAUCCCAAAAGGAGUGGUCUGGUGGAGCUGAUCCUGCAGGUUGGAGUGGGACAGCUAAGUGAGCAGCAAAAGGACACUCUGGUGAGACAGUUGGCUGUACUGCUGAAUGUUUUGGAUUCAGAUAUCAAAGUUCAGAAGAUACAAGCUUACUCAGAUAUAAGCACCGCAGUUGUGUUCUAUGUACAGAACGGGCAUCCUUCCACAGUGAUCAAGGCAUCAGAUGUCUCACGGACUCUGCAUGUGCAGCUUUUGAAACAGAAGGCUGACUUCUUGCUUUUUAAAGUCCUGCGAGUUGACACGGCUGCCUGUCUUUUGAAAUGCUCUGGACAUGGGCACUGUGACCCCAUAACAAAGCGCUGCAUUUGCUACCAGCUGUGGAUGGAAAACUUGAUUCAUCGUUACCUAAAUGAUGGAGAGAGUAAUUGUGAGUGGAGUAUACUCUAUGUGACUGUAUCUGUUUUUAUUUUGAUUGUGGUCAUGGUAGGGCUUGCUUGGUUCUGCAUCUGCUGCUGUAAAAGCAGGAAGAGAACAAAGAUUAGAAAGAAAACAAAAUAUACCAUCCUAGAUAACAUAGAUGAACAGGAGAGAAUGGAGCUACGGCCCAAAUACGGUAUAAAACACAGAAGUACAGAACACAACUCCAGUCUGAUGGUCUCUGAGUCAGAGUUUGACAGUGAUCAGGACACUAUCUUCAGCAGAGAAAAGAUUGAAAGAGAGAAUUCUAGAACACUUAUAAAUGGGUCCCUCAGAAAUGGAGUUUCGUUCAACUACAGCUCCAAAGACAGAUAA